GGCCUCACCAACCAGCCUGUCGCCUUCGUCCAACAGCGUCUUGUCCAGUGAACUGCUGACGGACCUGACAAAUUGCCGCCCCGUCAAGUUUAGCAUUUUUUGUUUUGAAUAGAUUUAUCUACCGUUUGAAGCCCCAUCCUUCAAGGAAACGCGUCCGCCCACGCCCGGUCUCGUCGCGUCCGGGUUUGCCGAUCUAUCCAAACAAGCCGUCCGUGCCUUGAUCUACGAGAGAAUUCCGGUUCAGACGGUUGAAUUUUGUUCAUUGCGUACCGUAUCCAAGUCACGUAAGGCUUAUUCUCAAUGGAGGACCCCGCGCACUCCAAGGAACGCGACUCCAGUCCGCUGUCUGAACCCACCGGUGCCUCUCUUGCCGAAGACACCAACAGACGCCAGUCAGGGCGCGUGCGGCGGAAACCUGAACUAUUCUCCUCGCAAACAUUCACUCCCGGUUCGACGAAGCGGAAACGUGCGAAUUCGCCCCGCGAGGAUGAUGAGAAUGACGCGUCGGACGAGGGUGAUGCUGAAGAAGAUCAUCAUGAAGAAGUCGAGGAUGAGGAGGUAGAUGAUGAAAGUGAAGGUGAGCCCGAUGAGGAAGAACUUCGGGAGAGGCGAAGAGCGGCAAAGAAGGCUACGAAGAAGAGAGCGAAGGAGGGAAAUAAAAAAACCAAACGAGCGGCCAAAAAGCCCAAAAUCGGCAAUGGUGUCGAGACGGAACUUGCGCUGCGACCAUUUAUCAAUGGAGAAGCAAAGAAACCAAAGAAGCCGAAGAAGCAGCAUCUGCGACCAAGCGGAUUUGUCGGUGAGGAAGGCUUAUAUGCCGAGGUUUUUGCUCGAGGCCAUACUACGGAUGCCGUCGCAGCUGAAUGGCUUACAAGAUACGAGGAACAUAAUAUCAAUGCGAUGUGCGACCUCGUAAAUUUUAUUCUGAGAUGCACGGGCGCCGACUCAAAGGUCGAUGUACAUGAUAUUGAAGACGUAGACAACGUCGCAAACCGCCUAAACGAUCUACAGGAGGAAUACCAAUUGCAAAACAUUACGGAAUACCCUCUCAUAUCAAAAUCCAAGAAAUUCAGAGGCUUUCAGUCCGUAUUGACCGGAUAUUUCGAGUCACUAAUCAGAACCAUCCACAGCGCCUCGAUACUGUAUAAUGACGCCGCGUUGCUAGAGAAUAUUCAAGCUUGGAUAACGUCAAUGUCUUCUGCACCCAUUCGACCGUUUAGACAUACCGCCACUAUAAUUUCCUUGACGAUUGUUACGACUCUGUGUCAUCUCGCGAAGGAGGUUUCCACAACAUUGUCGAAUACGAGGAAGCAACUUGAAACUGAAAAAAAGAAGAAGACGGUUAACAAGGGUAGAGUGGGUGCGCUCCAAUCGAAGGUUCAAGAGAAUGAGCAGAAACUUGAGACUAUAGACGGGAUUAUUCAUGACUCUUUCGACACCGUUUUCGUACAUCGAUAUAGAGACGUUGAUCCCAAAAUUCGGGCGGAGUGUAUGACCGCACUUGGUGUAUGGAUAAUAACGUACAGACAAGUUUUUUUCGAGGGUCAAUAUCUUCGAUACUUGGGCUGGGUUCUUUCAGAUACUUUUGCUCAUACGCGAUCGGUUGUCGUUCACCAACUCCGUCGCCUAUUUCAGAACAAGGAUAAUAUACCCGGACUCCGGGCUUUCACGGAACGCUUUCGCCCAAGAGUUGUGGAAAUGGCCGUACGGGAUGCGGAAAGCAGCGUUAGAGCUGCGGCGGUGGAUCUAGCGGAUCUAAUCCGUGAUGCCGGUCUUUUGGAGCCAGAUGACAUCGACAGUAUCGGACGACUUGUCUUGGAUACCGAGGCGAAAGUACGCAAAGCAGCUGGCAAAUUUUUCGUGGCCAAUAUUCAAGACGUUUACGAUUCACAGGUAGAAGGGUUGGAAGAUGAGCUCAACGAGUCAUUUGGAGAUGAUGAUGAAGAUGAUGAUUUCAAGAUUCCUAAGCGCUCUUGGAUCAAAUAUAAAUGCUUGGUUGAUAUGCUCCAAGCGUACGAUAUGCAGCAAUCUGAACUCACCGAGGAACAGGAAGCAUCGAGUAAAACGAAUUUGUUUGCCAACCAGGUUGAAUCCAGAUUUGCACUUGCAACGGACAGUAUCUACCCUCAUCUCCAGGAACUGAGCCAAUGGGAAUCUUUAGCUGGAUAUCUUCUAUACGACCAUUCUCAAAUUCCGGAGUCGGCGGCCGAUGAUACUUCCGGAAAUACUAUCAAGCAGCUGUAUAGACUCGGCGAUGGCCAGGAAGCUAUCUUACUUGAGGUAUUGGGUGCUGCAGUCAAGCUUCAUACCCAGGAGGUUUCGAAGUCUGACACAGAUAAGAAAGGUAGAAGGACAAAGCAAUUAGUGGAAAUGAUGGAGGCCAAGCAGGAAGCUGUUGCCCAUAGCCUUUCGCAGAUCAUUCCCCAGCUCCUCAACAAAUUCGGCGCUGUUCCAGAAGCUGCGUCAGCAGUUCUAAGGCUAGAACACCUCGUCAAUCUUGACCUCAUUCAGGAUCUCCAGAAGGAUGCUGCGGCGUACGCAGAAAUUCUAAACAAUAUUAAUAAGCAGUUUUUGAUCCAUUCUGACCAGAAUGUGCUGGCCGAGGCGACCGUUGCAUUCCUUCAUGCCCGAACGUCUGAAGAACUUAGGGAAGCGAUGGAAAAUAAAGUCCAAGAACUAUGGGAUGAUACACUAGACGCAUUGUGCACAGUUGUGGCAAACAAGCACGUUCAGAGCAAUGACACACUCUCCCUGAGUAUACUAGGCUCCUUGAAAGACACUAUUGUUCGAAUCUCAAAUCUCGCCAGUAUAUUUGACUGCACAUCAAUUCUCGAAACGUCUCCUCAAGGAUCUAACAAGCGAAAGUCCAGAGCAGAGCCCCCCGUGGAUAUAUUAUUAACUAUUGCUAAACGAGGACUUCGCCUUCCAGAUUCCGACGAAGAGGUUGAUUUGAUUGAGGAAGAACUGAUUUUCAGUACUUUUAAGACACUGCUUGUCUAUUUUAUGUGGAAAAUCCAAUCGUUGAAAUCUGGCAUUUCGAAUGGGAAAGCAUCUUUCAAUGGACAAUUCUUUGAGAGACUAUCGAAUCGUCAAGAAGCAUGCAUCGCUAUCCUUACGGCUAUCAUGGACACGCGGAAGGGAGUGGAUCGCACGAGGAUUGCAGCCGCAAUGACUCUUCUCGAUUUACAGACCGCAUUUGGUACACUUCGGCAUAUAUCCAAUAGAGCCCGUGAAGGUGACGAUGAAACAAUGUCACAAAUCGAAGACCUAGUGCGAGAUAUUUCUCCAACAGCGUCUGCAUCUAUUUCGCGUAUCCAUGACGCAGUGCUUAAAGCAUAUGCUAAGAAAACGCAUCACGCGAUUGAUCUCCCAGCGGAUGAGGAGCCACUCUCGCAAGAGGAUCUCGAAGAUAGUUCGGACGAGGAAGAUGAGGACAUGGAUGAUGACGUGGACGACGUACAGUCAAGUGCGCGACGCAUGCGCGCUCAGCUCCUAGCUGAACAAAAGCUCUGCGAAUUUACGGGGAAAAUCGUCCUAGCAAUUAUCGGCCAUGUAUUGGAUUCUUCGGGCUCACAAGCCGGUAAAUUAAAGACGAAAUUGCUCCGCAACAGAACGCGACUAGGCCAUAAUUACAAGGCUGUUUUGGCAUACUUAGAGGACGACAAAGCGCCGGCUCGGCGAACUUCCAAGCCUAACCCUAGAAACCAGCAAAUUAAUGGGGCCACCGGAAAUUUGAGCAAUGGCAAGGUCAAAUCUGCUGAAAGAGUGGUUGAUGACGAAGAAGAUGAUGAAGGAGAGGGUGUUCAACAUGUAGAGGAAGAUGAGGAGGACGAUUUACGUGCUAGGGGACUUGUUGAGGAUGAAAAUAACCCGGUGACGGGCUAUGGCGAGGGUGAAGACGCAGAGUCACCGCUUACGUCUGCUGAAGAUGAUAUAAUGGGUGAUUGAAUGGUCGCCAUCGCGGGAGCAGUCUGGCCUAAAUAGAAGGCGAUUUCAAAUACUUUCUGCUUCGCUUCAUUCGUUGCUGUAUAACUGGUACUUGUUUCUUUCACCUUUUUUCUUUCUUUACCACAUACAGGUUCCCCUUUUAUGCGAAUCUAUGUCGCUGUCUUUGGCUGAUAUCUUCUAAUGUGAUGAUAAUCCAUGUACUUCUGUAGGUAGGAGGGACUUUGAGAUGCACGGGGCUUUCAAACUUUCUUCAGAUGCAGGUUCGUCGCAAGUCUAGAUUCAUCUAAAAUAAAAUGAUGGAUUGCUUGA